AUGUCGGAUCAAGUUGACACCCUCUUGGAAGCAUUCGAUCUUGUUGGCAUCUCAGCAUCAGAGUUCCUUGUUGAAUUGCUAACUAAUCCCCAUUACACCACCCACAAGAAUACAAUCAAUUUAAGAUCAUGCAGCCUGUGCAUCAUCAAGCUUCUCACAGGACACCCAGGAGCUUCUACAGGAGGUGCGCUGAAGUGGGCCGGUGAUAUCAUGAAAUAUAGGUGUGCACUGGAGAUUCAAGAACUAUCAGCAAAGAAAUCUGGCUACCAUUUUUCAGUCUUGCAUGCAUCUGUAGAACAACUUGAAGAAUUUGACAUGGAAGAGUUAGGUGGAGGGAUGCUACAAUGCGCACCAUUCUUGUGGGAUAUGCUUGAUGUCCUUCUUUCGGCAAGGAGAAGUAGCAAUUGGAGAGACUCACACAAAAGUUUGGACAACCAAGGCAAUGAUGAUGAUGACGAAGCUCAGUAUUGGGAGGAAUUGGUGUUACGACUUGGAUGGUAUCUGUUGGCGACGCUCAAACAGAGCAUGUGUCGUCAACGGUCGAGGACGUCCUUGGGCUAG